CUUAAGAGUUUAACAUGACAUCGAUUUGGUCUCUACUGCUGUUCCUCGGCCUUGCAAUUGGAGUGCAUGGAAAACUGCAGUUGCCCCAACUUCAAUUAUCCAAACACCAGUGGAACCAACUCCAGUUACCUAAUCUUCAGUUACCUAAUCUGAAGGUACCUAAUCUGAAGUUGCCUAAUCUUCAGUUUCCCAAACUCCAGCUGCUGAAGCAGCAAACACAGGAGUUAACCGACCAGAAUCCUAGAAACGGACCAGCUUGUUUCACUGUCUACAAACCCGAACUGGAUGACAUCGCAUCACAAUACGAGAUCGACUACACAAGGUGCACCACCAUUUACAAUCAACAGACUGCUUUGGAGGAUACCAAGUGGCAGGGACCCCGCACUCAGCUCGAGGAAAGAGGACAAUAUGCUUGUCGCACCAUCGUUGAUUGCUCCACAAUUGUGGGUUACGUUGAAGCCUUCGAGUGCUACGCCCAGAUGGGUACUGAACAGUCGAAGUCCAUGUACGCUUUAUCGGCGGAUGCCAACGAUGUAGCUGUCGAAAUGCAGGAAAGCUACAGAGUGAUUGAGACUUACAAGACCGUCUGUGUGAACGAUGCUGAGAGAACCUAUGUGGAGCAUACGACAAAUACCUAUGAGGAACUUAAUAGUUGUCUCGCUGGCAAAGUGCAGCCGAAAACAACAUCAGAUACAUUCGUUCCUACCACACGUACAACUCCUUCUCCCAUUUUAUCUACUACUCGUAAUUACUAAAAUGGCAACAAAAAAAUCAACAUCGUUGUCAAAUGAUAAAUAAUGAAAAAAAAAGUUUGAAUUUUACCCAAUAAAAAUACUUAUUUUUCAAUGGAA